CGUCGCUGUACAGUUGUUUUUAGGCUUCAGGAUUUAUUACUAGAUUGAAAAUAGAUUUAUUCGUCCAUCAUUUUAGAAAUAUCCUUCCUGCAUAACCUCAUCUCUAUCUUUCUUUCUUUUACCUCCCUCCAUCAUUCCUUCCUCACGUGUUUUUCCUUUCUCUGUUUGGCUUCCUUCCUUCUUUUCCUUUCCUCCCUCCCUUCUUAUUUCUUUCUUUCAGUUGUUCUUUCUAUCUUUCUUUCUUUCUGUCACCCCCCCCCCCCCCUUACUUCCCUCCUUUCUCCCUCCCUCCGUCUCUCUUCCUUUCCUCCGUUCCUUCGGCCCUUCAUCAUUCCUUCCUUACAUCUUUUCCUUUCUCUCUUUGUCUUCCUUCCUCCUUUCCCCUCCAUCCUUCUCUCUCUCUCUCUCUCUCUCUCUCUCUCUCUCUCUCUCUCUCUCUCUCUCUUGCUUACAUUAACAUUUAUUCGUUUAUAGCAGACGCUUUUAUCCAAAGCUUCCCUCCUUCCGUCUCUCUUUCUUUCCUCCAUUCCUUCAGCCCGUUCUCACGAAACGUACCGAGUGAAAGAGUCGAAUCGGCUCAGUGAAUCGAAUCAGUGGUGUGUGGGGGAGAGAAAGAGAAUCAGAAUCACAUCGCUGAUCGUAAAAGCCGGAGCGCAGAGCGCGAGAGUCUGGAACAAAGGCGCGCGGACGUGAGGAUCUGAAGAGGGAAUAGAGGAGGAAGAGGACGAGGAGGAAGAGGGUGAUGAGGAUGAGGAUGAUGCUCUGACCACCAUCCUGUGUCUUAGACAUUCGGUAGACAUUCGAUACAGUGCGGGGCGGUGCGGUGCGGUGCGGGGCAAAGGCGCGUGCUGAAGCAGAUGGAGCAGAGAGGGAUGCAGAGGAGAGCUCACUGACUCUCACACACACACUGACAUAGGAGGAAGAUCACACAGCAGUGUGUGUGUGUGUGUGUGUGUGUGUGUGUGUGUGUGUGUGUGUGUGUGAGGUUGAGCUGAACACUGCGGGAUUUCCUCAGGAUUUUCUUCACAGCUCGGACCGGCUGCAUCGCGCAGGUAUGGUCUGUGACACACACCACAGCAGAAGCAGUAGAAGCAGGAGAAGCAGCAGCAGCGCUACCAUGAGAGGAAGCGUGUGCUUCACCGCCGUCUUCCUCGGCUUCACAUGGCACGUCAGCCUCUCGCAGGCCACCACCGCAACCCCGAAUGAAGCAGAGUUGAACGACAACAUCACAGUUUUCACUCGGAUCCUGGAUGGACUGCUGGAUGGCUACGACAACAGACUGCGUCCCGGCCUGGGAGAAAAGGUGACUGAGAUCAAGACCAACAUCUUUGUCACCAGUUUCGGUCCCGUGUCUGAUACUGAGAUGGAGUACACCAUUGAUGUGUUUUUCCGCCAAAGCUGGAAGGAUGAGCGCUUGCGCUUCAAAGGGCCCAUGGGGAUGCUGCCCCUGAACAACCUGCUGGCCAGCAACAUCUGGACUCCUGACACCUUCUUCCUGAACGGCAAGAAAUCCAUCGCGCACAACAUGACCACGCCGAACAAGCUGCUGAGGCUGCAGGAUGACGGCACGCUGCUCUACACCAUGAGACUGACGAUAUCAGCGGAGUGUCCGAUGCAGCUGGAGGAUUUCCCCAUGGACGCUCACGCCUGUCCUCUCAAAUUCGGGAGCUAUGCCUACCCGAUCUCAGAGGUGGUGUACAAGUGGACCCAAGGUCCAACCAAGUCUGUGGUGGUGGCGGAGGACGGCUCACGACUCAACCAGUACCAUCUGAUUGGCCAGACAGCCGGCACUGAGGACAUCAACACCAGCAGAGGCCUCUACACAGUGAUGAUGGCUCACUUCUACCUGAAGAGAAAGAUCGGAUACUUCGUCAUCCAGACCUACAUGCCGUGCUUCAUGACCGUCAUUCUGUCCCAGGUCUCCUUCUGGCUGAACCGGGAGUCUGUCCCUGCGAGGACGGUGUUUGGCGUGACCACAGUGUUAACCAUGACCACACUGAGCAUCAGUGCCCGAAACUCUCUGCCCAAAGUGGCCUACGCUACAGCCAUGGACUGGUUCAUCGCCGUGUGCUACGCCUUCGUCUUCUCCGCCCUCAUCGAGUUCGCUACUGUCAACUACUUCACCAAACGCAGCUGGGCCUGGGACGGCAAGAAAGCCAUGGAAGCUCAACAGCCCAAAAAAAAAGACCCGCUGGCGCUGUCCAAGAAGCCCAACAACACGUGCUCCACCGGCAUGAACUUCACAGCCAACAUCACCAAAGACUCGGCCAUCGCCACCAUCUCCAACAGCACCACCGUGCAGAUGAAGAGCGCCGAGAGCAAGUCCACGCCAGACCCCAAGAAAACCUACAACAGCGUCAGCAAGAUCGACAAGAUGUCCCGGAUAGUGUUCCCCGUCCUCUUCGGUACCUUCAACCUCGUCUACUGGGCCACGUACCUCAACAGGGAACCGGUGAUUAAAGGAGCGGUUUCGCCCACAUAGAAAGUUCUCUCAUUCGUCCCCUUCCUUCCUUCUUUUUAUUUUAUUUUUCAAUCCCUUUUUUUCUCGCCGUUCUUAAUAAACUGGAACAAAAAAACCACCACCCAGCGUCCACCAUCACAUUAUAAAGAUCAGAUUAUUAUCCCAUCUCUCCUGCACUCCCCUCUGUUGUAUUUAUUUACAUUUUUAUUUUCGUUCUCAGAGAUUGCAUGAUCAGUUCGAAGCUCUGCAGGAACACCGUCUUAUUGCCAUGUCUGCCUUGACUUUCUACUGUAUAUUACUCUUCUAUUAGGAUUUCAGAGAAGAUUGUUGCAUUUCCCUUACGAAAUCAUAACGUGUUCGACACCAACAAGGGUUUCAAUCACGACCGAUCAGUUUAUGACUUUCAAAUAGGACAAGAUAUGAAGAAAAAUAUGCAUUUGGCAUCUCUAUGAGUUUCUUUGUCUGUUACAGUGCCUUGCAUAAGUAUUCGCCCCAUGCCCCCCCCAUCCCCAAUCAACUGUUUUAAUGAUAUUGAGGCUUUAUUGAUGACAUGUAUAUUACAGAACAGUGAGAUUCUUUUCUUCGCAUACCCCAGCAUGUUAGGAAGUUGGGAUUCAGAGCGCAGGGUCAGCCAUGAUAUAGCGCCCCCUGGAGCAGAGAGGGUUAAGGGCCUUGUUCAAGGGCGCAACAGUGCUGGGGCUUGAAACCCCAACCUUCUGAUCAGUAACCUAGAGUCUGGCAGUGCUGGGGCUUGAACCCCCCCUGACCUGUAACCCAGAGUCUUAACCGCCAAGACACCACUGCCCCUACAACCUGGAACACAUAAACUUUCAUUUAAAUUACACAAACAACAUUUACACAAAAAAAGCAUACAUUUGUUGAUUUCAUAAGUAUUUCAUAAACAGCCACAGAUUCUCAAUCAGACUUAGGACUGGGAUCUGACGGAGACGAUCGCACACAUUCAGGUUCUUGCUUUUGGAACCUCUCUUGUGCAGCUCUGUCAGUUCGCUCAGAGUCAUUGUCCUGUCACGACAUGAAGUUCCGCCCCCAGUCUCAAGUCUCUUGUAGGCAACAGGUUUUCUUCUCGGAUUGCCCGGCGUUCGGCUCCAUCCAUCCACGUCCUCAGCCCUGACCAGUUUCCUAGUCCCUGAUGAUGAAAGGCCUGAUGAGAACAUGAUACUACCACCACCAUGCUUCACAGUACGGUAGGGAUGACGUUCACAGGUUGUUGGGUUUCCGCCAAACGAGGCACUUUGUGUCAAAGCCAAAAUGUUCAAUUCUUGUCGCCUCGGACCGGAGAACCUUUUCUACACGUUUACCGAGUCAGCAAGAUGUCUACACCAACGUGCAGCUGAUCACUCCGCCAUAAAACACAACUUUGUGGAGUGUCCAGGUUGUGGAUCUCUACAGCAAACUUCAGAGUCACCCUUGACCUCUUGGUUGCUUCUCUGACAAAUUACUGACUUAAUGUCGCUGCACAGGAUGACUGAUAUUUUCCCGGAAUUGUUUUGAUCGCGCUCUGGUUUUGGUGAUGCUGUUUGUUUAGGUGUGUUCUCUGUAAGACUUUGGGUUCUCUGAGGAACAGGUGUAUUUAUACUGAGAUCACGUGACGCUUUAAUUACUAUAAUUAUGCCAAUUCUAAUGGUAACUAACUGCACCAGGAUGAAUUUAGGGGUUUUUAUAUUACAACAUAUAUACAACGUGUGAAAAACGUUCGUGGGAGGGUGAACACUUACGCAAGGCACUGUAUACGCACAUUAUCACAAAGUCAGCAAUGCCAAAUGCUAUGCAAAAAAAGAAUUUUCUAUUAUAUUGGUAUCGAAACGCUUAUACUGAAAAAAAAAUAUCGCUUUUGUAUGAAUGAGCUCGAAGCUUCUGGUGUUUGAGUUAUCGCUUGAGCAUUUCGGAGCUGCGAGUACCGAGGCAGCGCAGACCAACAGCCAUGCUAAAAGUGUUGCCUUCUUUCGGAGAGUGCACUGAAGAAAAGAAAAAAAAAAGAUCGCUUUUUAAAAACAACUUUUGGGUCUAUUUGUUAUAGCUUGAAGCCAUUUUGAAGUACCGGGCUGAACCUUUGCAUUGCGCCGUCUAGUGGCAGCUUUUAUAACUUUUGCUCUUUAAUACUCGCAGUAUGUGGAGUAAAGGAGGUCGGGUUGCAGUUAUGACUUUCAAAAUCACUUGUAUAUAGGCUGUGUGUGCUUUCGCUUUAACGUCCGAGAGAAAUAAAGGUCGUGCUACGAUGCUACGCUAACGAACGUGCAGCUAAAGAAACGCGUACGCGAGCGUUUCUGCAUUUCUUUCCCCUCGCCCCAUCCCCUCAUCUCUUACCCUCUUCGUGUGUAGCUUUGCUUCGACGUAAUCUUUUUACAUUGUAGUGAUAUGAAUCGCUUCUAAACUUAUUGAUCAUUAAGACAUUCCGCCUUGCUGGAGCACAGCACGCACAGAGCUUUUCACAAGCUGUAAUUUGUUGACAUUCUUUAAAAGAAAGGCUUGAUUUUUUUUGUUUGUUUGUUGUUUUUUUUCACCCUCCGUGCUACCAUGGAAACAAAUCGACAUGAGUUUCUGUCAGAGUUAGAAAGGAAGAAUGAAAAGAGUAAACAAAAUACGAGCCGAGAUGACCCUGAGCCUGAAUAAGAGAAGAGCAGAGAUUGAAUAAUUGCGUGUAUUCUAUGUGACAGAUACGAGACAGAGAUUUUAAAGGGAAAAAAGAAGAAAGUAAGUUAAAAGAGAGAGAGAGAGAGAGAGAGAGAGAGAGAGAGAGAGAGAGAGAGAGAGAGAGAGAGAAGUGAUUAUGGCAAAAUGGCAAAAAAUAGUGAUUGUCAGUUAUGGAGCAAAAGUUUGUACCCCCUCCAAUAUAGAAAACAGUCUAUUUUUCUUGUCUAUUUUUUAUUUACAUACAAAAAAUUCUGGAACAAGACGGGAAUUUAAAAUGAGCGAAUAUCUGAGGAACCAAGUGAAUACAAAAGCUUUACAGGUGAUUAGAAAGAGGUAAAGAGGAAAAAAAAAACAUGCAAGACAUUCAUGUUUGAUCAGAGUAUCGUGGCUUCAAAACGUCUUCAUUUUGUCCUAAGGGGAUGCAAACUUUUGCACUUAGUGAUAGAUAGAUAGAUAGAUAGAUAGAGGGGUGGAAAUUUGGUCUAAAAAAUGUUAUACACAAUGAAUUGUGUGUAACACACAGCAGCUCUGACACACUGUACGAAUGCCUUCUGGAUUUGGUUCUGAGGAUGUGUUCAGUAUGGAGUGAGACAGUUUCUCUCAGUGGUCUGCUUGUUUCCGCUGGAGUGAAACGUGAUUCUCUCAACCUACAGCUCACGCUGAUAUAAAAUACCGUCACAGAUCCACUUUAAGAAGCAGCAGCUCCACUAGCAGGAGCAGGAGUGGACCAAUCAUAGUGUAAUGUCAUUACAAAUGCGGGAAGACACGACUUAAUGUGAUGAUGUUCAACAGUGCUUAUUUAAUAAGAAGUGCUAGUCCCUUGUUCACUUUAUGGGGCGGGAUUUCAGCAGGAUCAGGGGGCUAGAGACUUCAGAGUGGGAAGCGAGAGCUCAGAGUGAGUUCGAGAGCGAGAGCAGCGAGCUAUAUUUCUCUGUCUGUUAUGUACGGCGUGGCUUGCGGCCAAAACAGUAACCCUGUAGUUCUUUAAUAAAGUCUCAGAACGAGAAAGAACCCGCCUGGUUACUACUAGUAGCGAAACGCUACAAUAUUAUUAACUAGCCCACCAAAUCGCUCCAGAAUCCUGCCCUAGUCCCAGGUUUUGCGCGGAAAUCUAAAUGACGAGGCUAAAAAGUGGAAACUAACACAAUAUAAUAACAUAUCGUGAGCUAACAAACUUUAUAACGUAGCACAGUGUGUUUGUACCUUCAUCAAAACAUUUCGGCUAGGAGGUGCGGUGUUCUGUUCCUGCAUCACUCUUAAAAUGAUAUUUGACCCUGGCUGUCGUCUUUAUGUUUCCUCAGUGUGUUUAACCAUGAGGUGACGGUGUAAUAAUCAGUGGAGUUUUACAUUCGAUUUUAUUUCACUCGGUAUCAUCAGUGUUUCCACAUACACUGGAAAAAAUGAAAACUUAUUAACUAUUAUUAUUCUACCUUUUCUCUUCUUCUUCUUCUUCCUCUUCUUCUUCUUCUUCUUCUUCCUCUUCUUCUUCUUCUGGUGAGGGUGUCUAGGGCAGCCCAUAGAACCGUCUGGUAAAAAGUUGUGAAAUUUGGCACACUGAUUGGGGAGGUAUUACAAAACAUUCGGACCAAAUUUUGGCCAAGUGCAGCCAACGCUUUAGCGCCACCAUCCGGUCAAAUGUGGAAGUACUCUUAUGAUCAUAACGUUUGAACCACGUGUCCAAAGAUUUCACAGCCAGGCACCUCUGGAUUCCCUGGAAUAUCAGGAACCCUGAUAUUCAAAACAGUUCUCCCGUAACGGACUGGCCGCUCCGAGAAACCACAAAUCACUCUUGAAUCCCUUUGCCUAUAGUUAUGGAUCUGCUUUCCUGUUAUUGCUUAUGCAACAAGUAGCAUGUCUGUGAAUGUGUGGCUCACCGAGUCUGAGUGCUUGGCUCCCGAAAAUACAUUUUUUUUUUAGUUUGUUUUGCUCAACUGAAAAAAAAAAACAGUCACAACGUGAUUUUUUUUCUUUGUUUGUUCGUUGUUGUUUGAUCCAAGGUCAGUUUUGUCAGCGUACUUGCGUGUUCCUAAUUUUGAGAUUUUGAGUCGAUCGUCCCUCGUGCGUUCAUGCUAAUUAAUCCAGCCAGUAAAAGCCAGUGUGUGUAGUGCAGAAGGUCGUGGGAUUCAGGUGCGGCACAUCACCAUGGAGCGUAUUACAUCUUAAACGCUGGGAAUGAAAACGUUUCUUUUGCGAACAUCGGUAAGAAGUAGGUAGGGUUUAUUUUUCUUUUAUUUGUCUAAAUUGUAGUUCGGGAAACUAGGAGUAAAAACAACAAAUAAACUGGGCAUGAAAUCUGUUCCAGGAUACUGAUUUGUCCACUCAUGACUAUACUUCUAUACACAUCAGAUCAUGAUGUCCGAUUUCCUGUCAAAAAAAAAGAAAAACCCCUCUAUUAAUUUUGUGCCUAUAGGUAAAUAGAUAGAUAGAUAGAUAGAUAGAUAGAUAGAUAGAUAGAUAGAUAGAUAGAUAGAUAGAUAGAAAGGUAGAUAGAUAGAUAGAUAGAUAGAUAGAAAGGUAGAUAGAUAGAUAGAUAGAUAGAUAGACAGAUAGAUGGAUAGAUAGAGAGAUAGAUAGAUAGACAGAUAGGUAGAUAGACAGACAGAUAGAUAGAUAGAUAGAUAGAUAGAUAGAUAGAUAGAUGCCAGGGAGAAAGUGAUUGAAGCACAUGUGAUUUAUACCCUACAACUUCUUUCCGGUUUAUAACCUCUUAUCAUAUGUCUGUUAUAAUAACACAGGCCCACACACACUCACACACACACACACACACACACACACACACACACACCGUGCUAAAGUGCUAAAGUGAAAAGGUUCCGCAAUUGUACUGAAAUCAUUACAUAAUGAGUUUAAUGAAAUUAUUACUAGAAUGCCAGUGAAAGAGAACCGGAGAACCGGCUGCCACGAGCAGGAAGAAUGACUGACAGGCUCACGGGGAAAAUAAAGACGGUUCAUUACGUCGCACAGGGUUGUGUUGUUUCCUUUGUUCUUCUUUUUAAAAACUAAUAAUUAUUUCAGUGAUGUACAUUUGUCAUGUAAUAUGUCUGAAGCAAUAAAACUCAUGGCUGAUA